UCAACCUUCACGUCCCGCCCCUUCUCGUGAGCGUGGUGUGUUGACUGCCUGGCUUUACUCCGGCUUGUUCAGAAGCAGGUUUGUCAGCUUAUAUGACAUUUGUCUCCUUCAUAUAGACAUCAAACAUACCAAAGACCAUGAACAGUUUAAUUAGAACUACUGCUAGGUGUUUGCGGUCCGUCUACAUGCCCAGGCAGGCCGUGUGGUCGACCUCGGCCCGGUUCCUCUGCGCGGCGGCAGACCUCCAAAAAGACCUUGGUGAGAUGGUGAAGAAGGACAAAGUGGUGGUGUUUAUGAAGGGGACGCCAGCGCAGCCCAUGUGUGGCUUCAGUAAUGCCGUGGUUCAGAUCCUCCGGAUGCAUGGGGUGGACGACUAUGCUUCGUACAACGUAUUGGAGGACUCCGAGUUCCGAGAAGGAGUCAAGGUCUUCUCCAACUGGCCCACGAUCCCUCAGGUGUACUUCAGCGGCGAGUUUGUGGGGGGCUGCGACAUCCUGCUCCAGAUGCACCAGAACGGAGAUCUGGUGGAGGAGUUAAAGAAGCUGGGCAUCAGCUCUGCACUGCUGGAGGCUGGCAAGGAAUCAAAGUAGAGGAAGAGGAUAAACUUCAAACAGCUGACGAGACAGAGGACACAUUUAUCAGGUUUAAUCCCCCACUCGGAUGAUCACAGUUAAACCAACUUUCUAAGGCAGCCAUGGACAAAAUUGACUCCCCCUCCUGGCCAAUGAGGCACAGCAAGAGUGCAGAUGAAAAAUACGUAUGAAGUUUUGGUGGCAGCACUGUAUCUUAAGUUAUGGACGUUCUGUCUUUCCCAUGUUCCAUAUGUACACAGAGCUACUGCUGCACUGCUCAUACUCUUCGAAAUGUGCACAGAUCUAAGAAGAAGAGUGGACAGUGGACACACAGGAAUCCAAAAUCAGUUUUGGUUCGGGUUAGUUACCCAAAUUUCUCAUCUUCUAUGUAAAGCCGAUUCUUUCUUUUGUCAUUUCUAGGCAUCCAUAACAAAUUGCAAACACAACAAUGACGUAUUCUCACAUCCUAACUUGACGUGGUGAACUCGUUAGCAUUUGAAGUCAUGUUUCUGGCCACCUGAUGACGAAAUCCAAUAUUCACUCUUUCCAGCUCGGUUUUGUUUUUUAUUAGCUCCUGAGCAAAAUAUCUGUUUGUUUAGCUGCUAAAUGCUCCCCUAUGUACACCAGCUAGUUGCUAACUGUGUCUGCCUUUUGGUGCUGGCGCUGGCAGUACAGUGUUGAUCAGAGCCUAAACAGUAAAGUUUGGGGCUGAGGAAAACUGCUGAGUCUGGUGAUAAUGCUCUGCGGGUUCG